AUGUUGUGGAAAAUAACCGAUAAUGUCAAAUAUGAAGAAGACUGCGAGGACCGGCACGACGCGAGCAGCAAUGGGAACCCGCGCCUCCCGCACCUGGCCUCGGCGGGCCAGCACCUCUACAGCCCCGCGCCGCCCCUGUCGCACAGCGGGGUGGCCGAGUACCAGCCGCCCCCUUACUUCCCGCCCCCCUACCAGCAGCUGGCCUACUCGCAGUCCGCCGACCCCUACUCGCACCUGGGCGAGGCCUACGCCGCGGCCAUCAACCCACUGCACCAGCCCGCGCCCGCCGGCAGCCAGCAGCAGGCCUGGCCGGGUCGCCAGGGCCAGGACGCGGCCGGCCUGCCCGGGCACCACGCGCGCCCCGCCGGGCUCCUGCCACCCCUGGCCGGCCUGGAGAGCGGGGCCAUGAGCGCGCGCAGGGACGCCUACCGCCGCUCCGACCUGCUGCUGCCCCACGCGCACGCCCUGGAGGCCGCGGGCCUGGCCGAGAACCUGGGGCUCCACGACAUGGCGCACCAGAUGGAGGACGUGCAGAAUGCCGAGGAUCAGCAUCUGCUUCUGCACGACCAGACCGUGAUUCGCAAAGGUCCGAUUUCCAUGGCCAAGAACCCCCUGAGUCUCCCUUGUCAGAAGGAGCUGGUGGGGGCCGUGAUGAACCCCAGUGAAGUGUUCUGCUCUGUCCCUGGCCGCCUUUCCCUCCUCAGCUCCACUUCCAAGUACAAAGUGACAGUGGCCGAAGUCCAGAGGCGACUGUCCCCGCCUGAGUGUUUAAAUGCAUCGUUACUGGGGGGUGUUCUCAGAAGAGCCAAGUCCAAAAAUGGAGGCCGCUCGCUGAGGGAGAAACUGGACAAGAUCGGGUUGAAUCUUCCGGCGGGCAGGCGGAAAGCGGCCCAUGUUACGCUGCUGACCUCGCUGGUGGAAGGUGAGGCUGUGCAUUUGGCCCGGGACUUUGCUUACGUCUGCGAGGCCGAAUUCCCCAGCAAGGCAGUAGCUGAAUAUCUAACCAGACCUCACCUCGGAGGGCGCAACGAGAUGGCAGCCAGGAAGAACAUGUUGCUGGCUGCACAGCAAGUGUGCAAGGAAUUCACUGAUCUGCUCAACCAAGACCGAACCCCCAAUGGCAAUAGCCGCCCCACCCCGGUGUUGGAGACGAGCAUCCAGAACUGUCUGUCCCACUUCAGCCUCAUCACCCACGGCUUUGGCAGCCAGGCCAUCUGUGCCGCCGUGUCUGCACUCCAGAACUAUAUCAAGGAGGCCCUGGUGGCACUCGACAAAUCCUACCUGAACCCAGGGGACCAGAGCCCGGCCGACUCGAGCAAGAGCCUGGAGAAGAUGGACAAGCACCGAAAGUAG